GCGCCUUCUCGCUGCUGACGGCGCAUGCGCCCAGCCGGGUGAGCGUCUGCGUCUCCAAUGUUUUCCGGGCCCUUGGAGCGUCCUCCUCGGUCCGCGUUGUGCUUCCGGCGCGAAGGUCACGGGCAAGAUGGUGCCGCCAGUGCAGGUCUCUCCGCUCAUCAAGCUCGGCCGUUACUCCGCCUUGUUCCUCGGCGUGGUUUACGGAGCCAAGCGCUACGAUUACCUGAAACCCCGGGCAGAGGAGGAGAGGAGGAUAGCAGCUGAGGAGAAGAAGAAGCAGGAUGAGCAGAGGCGCAUUGAGAGAGAACUGGCAGAAGCCCAAGAGGACAGCAUAUUAAAGUGAGCCCGCCUUUCCCCGGAGCAGUGUGGAUGAAUAAAGCCUCCUGUACUGUGUGA